AUGACAAAAGUUGUGACACAAACAUUGAAUUGAGUAAAUUGCGUACAUUUUAUUUUACACUUUCAUUGAAUAACUUUUAUUCAUACUGCAUCGAUUUGUGGCAUAUUUUUCAUUCAGUGGCACUUCGCGAAGAGUGUGUAUUCAUCACUAGUGACGUCAUCAGCCGAAAAAGCAAAGAAUGUACAACGCAGAUAACCAAAAUCAUAAUAAAGAGGCGGUGGCUAGUCCAUCAAGCGACGAGUCUCCGACGAAAAUAUUCAAAUUAACCAUCGAUUGUUUGGACGAAAUAUUCGAAUAUUUGUCGCUGAAAGACUUGCAUUCAUUCGGUCAAACAUGCAAGCGAAUGAACAAAGUGGCCGGCGAAUAUUUCAAGCAGAAUUAUUCCUCGGCUCCAAAUUUGUGCAAAGUGGAUGGAAUAUACACGAAUUAUGACAAAGAUGACGUCACAAAUGAACAAAUUCAUAUAUCUGGUUUCAAUAAAUUUAUGCCGUGCAUUUCAUAUUGUGGACACUGUCCACAACACGAUUUCGGUGCAUUUAAAUAUACUAAAUCUCAUAUAAAUGAAUUUGAGGCAACUAACCACAUUUACCUCGGAUGGUUAAGCAUUAAUUGCAAAACAGUUGAGCAUUUUAAACAAUUGUUGCCCCAACUGGGAAUUGUUCAAUACCAAUGUUGUUCGGUGGAUGGUGACAUAUACGAUUUGAUAUUGAAAUAUUGUAAAAAUUUGAGAGAGAUUUAUGUUCAAGGUUCGGAUGGCGGUAAACGAAUAAAUGGUAAAUUCAACUGGCUGUUACAAGAAUAUCCCAAGCUUGAACGUUUGGAAUGGAGACCCAAUGAUCCCUGUAAGAUUGAAGAGCUACGUGAUUUUUUCAUACGUAAUCCAAAUGUAAAGAGAUUUUCAACUACCUCAAAAUUUUGGUGGACGAAUGGUGACAUAUUCUCAAAUUCCAAGGCAAAAUUGGAUAUAUUCGAAAUCAAAGGAUUUUACGUUAAUACGGGGCAUGACAAAGAUGGUGACAAGAUAUUGAAAAGUCAUGUCAACUUAUUAAAUCGACUCUAUGAACAAGGCUUUUAUAAACGACUAUACAUUUACGUCGAUAGUGUUUAUGAAGAGAAAAUCACUGCAUUUGCCUCGAUCAAAGGUCUCGAAUUAUUGUUCAUUCGAUGGUUUCAAAAGAGUUAUAAUUUAGCUCAACUGACCAAUCUGAGAGAAUUAAUGAUUAUGUAUGGAUCGAAAGAUCCUAAGGAUAUGGAGGUUUUAGCAAAUGGCCUGACAAAACUCGAACGUCUUAACAUUGGUGGGUCUAAAAUCGAUGAUAUUAUGCCAUUCAUUCGUCGAUCACCGAAAUUGAACAAAAUCAAAUUUAUACCACGGAACAAAGAUGUAGUUUUGAAUUUGGCAAUGAUGAAUGAAGAACGUGCCAAGUUGGUUGGAGCUCGAAAAAUAAUAAUUUAUACGCGUGAUGAUGUUUUCUUGGCUACUAAAUGGACGACCAGAAACGGUGAUAUCAAUUUGAGCUUCAUCGAAAUGAGACGAUUGGAUUCGAUUGAAUGGAAUCAUCAUAUACAUCCGUAUUCUAUCCUUUAAAGUCUAUACGAUUUUUGUAAAAGUUGCCAUUAAAAAACUAUCCAAAAUGAUGUUUGAUCAUUUUUAUCAUUUUCUUCUGUGCGGACUUUCUUUGAUUUGAUGAAGUUAUAAAUAAAUAUAUACCUCGAGGGUACUAUAGUUCUCA